CAGACAAUAUGGCUGCCAUAUGAUCUGUAUUUUAUUAUUGGGAAUUUUGUCAUUUGGAAAGAUUUGAAACCGAUUGUGAUAUUUGUUAUAAUUUAAAAUGAUUAAAGUACAAAGGCCACUUUGUCCAGACAUCACAUUCAGAUUAAUCCAUGACAUAAGUCCAGAUACAUUAGGUGAUAUAACAGAUGAUGACAAUUUAAGUGAAAAGGAUCUAAGAAUUACAGAUUUUUUAUCAGAAACAUACAGUAAUUGGUUCAAAUCAUCUGAUUACAAGGAUAAAAACGCAAAAAACAAGGAAUAUAUUAAAUCAUCAAACAAAACCAGUGACAGUAACAAAAAAGAGAUUGUAUGUGAAACUGAUGACGCGCUGAGAUUCUUGGAACAUGCAUUAAAAGAAAAGAGUCCUUAUAAAUCAAGUUGUGUAAAUAUUGUAGAUAAGAUACCAUCAAAGAAAGAUUUUAUAUGUGCCAAAAAUGAGUGGAAUGAAAAACAAUUAGAUAAUAGACAUUCUCCAGAGGAAAUAACCUUCAAAGAAAAUAAACCACACAGACGACCACGCAAGCUUCCAGAAAUACCUAAAAAACACCCAGGUCUACCUGCUGCAAAUAACAAAUCAUUAGCCGAAGAAUUAGGAGAGGUUCUCGUAGCUAAACUUGAAGAGGAUUCUGAUGAUGUGUUUGAUGAUAAUUCUGAAGAUGCAUUUCUACGAAGACAUGCUGGUCACUUGUUUGAUAAAGCGUUGAGAAGCAGUAGUUCUUCACCUAAAAACAAUAGAUCAUCAAGGUCAUGUAGUAACUCAACAGAUAGUGAUUACUGCCCAGAAGAACCAGAUAUACUCAGUAGACAAUCUGUUGUCUCAUCUAAUAGUGGUCGUGACAGAAAAGGUUCAGAUGGGUUUAAGAGACAGUCUACCUCAUCAAGUUAUAUAUGUUUAGAACAACAUGAAUUGGAAGUUACACAUCGAGGUAUGCAUCGUUUUAUAACAAGACAUGAGGAUGAGAUGAUGAUAGAAAUAGGUGAUCCUAUACAUGUAACCAAAGAAGGAGAUGAUUUGUGGUGUAACGGCAUUAAUCUAAGAACUGGUCAGAAAGGACUAUUUCCAGCCAUGUAUGCUACUGAUCUACAUUUCCUAGAAGAUGAAGAAGAAUCAGAAGAUGAAGGCGAGUUUAGAAAAUACAACCUACAGUUUCUGGGUUCGGUUGAAGUUACAUGUCAUAAAGGAGAUGAAGUUUUAUGUCAAGCUGUUAAUAAGGUUGCACUAACUAGAAGAUCUAAUUUAACGACAUCGCCACCACCUGUUUGUUCACUAGAAAUCAGUCAAUAUGGUAUUAGAAUGAUUGAUAAAAGUAAAGAAGGGCAUGAAAGCGAUCAUUUUUCCCACUUUUUUGCCCUGAAGAAUAUUUCAUUUUGUGGUACACAUCCCAGAAAUGACAGGUAUUUUGCAUUCAUAACUAAACACCCAUCAGAUCAGAGAUUUGCAUGUCAUGUAUUUUUGGGUGAAAAAUCAACUCACAAAGUUACAGAUGCUUUAGGCUUUGCCUUCAAGAGAUUUUACCAAGAAUACAUGGCAUUCACACAUCCAACAGAAGAUAUCUACAUAGAUUAGAUUAUUCUAGUCUCUUUAUACACAUUACAAAUCAGUAUUUAAAUUAUCAAACUAUUUAAGUUUCUUUGAAUGAUUAUUUUGUAACUUUUGGUCAAGUUGUACCAAAUAUUUUAUCGAAGAUUCAAAUUCAAACCAAGAAUAACACCUGUAUGAGCAGCCUUGUAUUAAAUCAAAAUAUACAUAUAUAUGUUACUAGAUUUUACAUAGUAUUUGGAGCCUAAUUGAUAAUUAAACGAUUAAACAGUUAAUGAUUGUUAAGAAUUAAACCACUUGCAUAAUGCAUCUAGAUCUGAACAUGGACUCACCACAUUUUAUUUGGAAGUGCAUUGAUGAUUCCAUAAUAUGUGUUUGAUUUAGGCAAGGAACUUAUUGUUAUACAUUCAUCAUUUCAGUACCAUAACCAAAGACUAAGUAGGUCUGAACAUCACAUUCAUUGUUAAUAUUUGAUAUUGCCUGAUAAAAAUGACAUCAUACAACAUUAAUGUAUAGACUAUCAGAUAUAUACUGUAGAUACAGUUCAGUUAUACCAUGUAUUUAAUUUCAUAUUUAAUGCAUGUAUAUUUAUGUUAUAUAUACCGGUAUAUAAUAUUUACAUGCUACUUAAUAUUAUAGGAGUAAAUAUAUAUCACUAUCUUCCAUACUUAAUUAAUGUAAUCAACUAGGUAUCUUUGUCUUCAUUAGCCCAGUCAGAGCACAACUGUAGGACAUUAAACCCCAUUUCAUUUCAUUUCAUUUAUUCUUUAAUAAAACUAAACAGUAAUUUAUUAAUACACACAUUUUUGUUUUGGCAUGCUGUGAGUUCUUUUUAACAUCUUUGCCAUUAAUUGCCAAUGUUAAUUUGCUCUUAGUCUAUUCAUUAAUAUAUUAAUUAAGUUGAUUUGAUUGAUGGGAUAUGAUGGUGUUUGUUUAAUACUGAACUGACUCCUCUAAUAUGUAGCAGGAGAUUUCAAUUAUGGACAGUCAGAGACAAAAACUUUUAUUUUGUUGGAUGAAGAGUAGUAUUUUCAUUAGUAAAAUCUAAUUACAUAGAUGCACUGUUUCUAGUAGAACCUUUCCUUAGACACAUUGCAGGGUUGGGAACCACCUGAUGGUAGGGAUGACAAUUUUUUUUUUUUUUUCGCUGAUCUUCUGUGUAUACGUUUUUUAUUAACCAAAUAAAAGAAGAGAAGGUUAAGUUGUGCCUGUAAAAAUGUAAUUUUAUGUGUAUGUGGAGUUUAAGAACCCAUAUGGAUUGACAUUUAAGGAUGUAGAUUUUGGGGGAAUUAAAUAUGGAGUGCCUGAUCAUGUCCGUUUCUGGUAAAAUAAAAAUUGGAUUACCCAAAGUGAUACGACACAUAUAUUUGCAUAAUUAUUGACAUAUAUCUAUCCAACACAUGUAGACAUUACCAUAGUAUAUUGGAAUUUGUUUUGUUAUUAUAGAUCUAAUAAACAUUUAUUAUUAUUUUAUUAUUAUAAUAAACAUUUAUAUAGCACCAAAGGGCUCUGAUGAGCUGUACAACAAGUAAAUAUUGAUAAAUUAUUUAAAUGAUAAAAUUAUUUAAAAUAAUUUUAAAAGAAAGAUGAUAAAUAUAUGAUGCAUUGUUAGAAAGUAAAUGAAUAUCAAAAAAUACAAUUACUGCUUAGUACUGAGUGGCUUUCGACUAGGCUUCUCUAGUCAUUAUCAAGCUCAGUAAUAAGCUGUAAUUGUAUUCCAUAGAAUUGUGACCUGUAUAUUCCAGUUUAAUUACUAAAUGCCAUUGAAACAAUUUAUUCUGUAGUUUUAGAGUUAAAAGAAAUUAAGUUCACAAAAUGAAUUAAAUGGGCCUCUGAAAUAUAUGAGGCUAAAUUUGUGGUGAAUUGAACAUGCAUAUCUGUAGUCAAUUCCCUACUCAAUAUUAUGUUUUAACCCAAAUUAAUUUUCAUAACAACAUGCACAAGGUAUCUCUUCUGUGUUAUGUAUACCUUUAUUGGCUUACAACAAGCUGAUUAACAUUUAAAGAAUUAAAAUGAAUUUCUUAAACCUGUUUAUUGGUCUGCUGUGUAUCUAUCUCAUCUGACAUCCAUAUUGAAGAUUUCAUUUGGGAAAAACAAAAACUCAUGCAAUGGUCAUAUUUAUCAUGAAUGAUGUUAUUACAACUAUUAUUGUAUGCACAUAUUAGGUAUUAUUCUGCAAAUGUGUCUUGGUUGCUUUAAAUGGUGCUUGUUUUCUGUUUUGUCACCAUAUCUACAUAAUGUGAUAUUGAUGUAAUUGUUGCUAUCUGUUGUUUUACUAUUAACUUAUAUAUUUCAAUCUCUUCCCCCCUCCUCUAAAAAAAACCCCCAUUUUUUUUUUAUCAUAUAUGUAUAUCUUUUUUCUUCCGAAAGAACAUAUAAUCAAAUGUAUGAAAUACUAAAAAACACUACUCCAAAAGAAGAAGAAAUACAGCAUCUAUAAUCUCUUUAUUUAUACCCACAGUACAAAAAUAAAAUGUUUUGUGUGGUCUUAUAUUGGCAACGUUUUGUCAAAGGCUAUUAAUACUUAACCAAGAUCUGACAUUAUUGAUAUCAUUGGGUAAUGUUUUAUUUUUGUUUUAAAGUCACUGAGCAUCAUUUGAGGGAUUUUUAUUCUCUCGCAAACUACAGCAUUGUGAAAAUUGAAUCUCUGAAAGAAACAUUAGUUCUAAUACAUUAAAUAUCACAGCUAUCUGAUGGUCUAGAACAUUGAUUAUGGGCUUGUCAUGUGAAUAAAUGGCUAAAUGAAGACGUGCAAUAGGUAGAUUUAGCUCUUACAUGAUGCAUUUUUAAUUAAAUGUUAAAUAAUCAAUGUCAGUACGUUCAGCAUAGAUUAACCCAUGAGAAUUUAGAUAUUGUCUGAAAAAUGGAAAUGAUGAUCAGUGGCUUUAAAAAGUGUAUUUGAUAAUGGAGCAACUAUAAAUUGUGCCCUUUUUUAUGUGCUUCUAUUUUGUUUAGCUGGCCAUUCUGUUUGAUCUCAAAUUGCACUAUUCAAUGCUAAUCAAAAAUAUAUGUCACUAAUAGUAAUGCAUGAUUAUUGUAUCUACAUGUAAAAGAAUUGAUGGACAUUUCAGGGUGUAAAUAUCAACUGCCUAUUCUAACAUGCAUUGCUGAGUUGUAUUGCUACAUCAAUCUAAUUGAAAUUAGAUUACAAUUGCAUUUAAUUUAUUUUUACACUUUCUAUCACAACCCUGCUUUGUCAGUGACAGUUCUAUGUUAUUGAAUAUGAAUCGGUACCAUAACCAAAAAUCCAUCAGAUCCACCAGAUUGGUGAUUUUAAAAUCCCUGUAAUAACCCUAAUCCAAGAAAUUAUGGCUGAUGUUAAAACGAAAUGUAAUUGACAUCUUAUUUUAACUAGAUUGAUUGCUGCAUGUAAUAUUGCUAAUUGCAUCAACAAAUUUUGUUUGGAAUAAUAUGAAUACAUUUAACUAUAUUGUACCCUUCUGUAUAAUGUAACUUUGAAAGACAAAGUAAUUCUAUCUUUACUAUUGUCAUCUGUUGUCCAUCAAUUUAAAUUGUACUUUGAGUAUGAUAAUAUUAUGAAUCUUACCAUGGAGAAAUAUUGAUCAAUCUACAAGAUACAUGUAUAAAACUAAUAACCAUUAUAGUUGUAUCAAGUUACUUCAAAUGUACACAAAUUUAUGCAUUAAAACCAUUUGAAACUCCAUUUAGUAUACACAGAACAUUGUUCUUCUUCACCAAAAUAAAUUAAAAAUUUGGAAUAUUAUAAACUAUUGUUAAAACUUAAUACAUCCUUAAACAAGGAAUAAAAUGUUGUUUUGUUU